AUGACUCCGGAUGCAGCAACCUUACCUUCUCCGCCAGACUUUGCGCCGUGGAUGAACGGCAGUCGCCCUUACACCCUCGGUGGCAUGCAUUCGGGCGGACAAACGAACACACCAGGGUCGUUUCAGAAUGGGAGCAAUGGCACUCCGACUGGGUCCCAACCACCUCGUUUCCCAAAUAUUAAAGACCUUCAAGAUGAAGCGGCGGCUCUGGAUGUGAAUGAGAAGACUCCUUUAGUCAUUUUGGUGAAGAGAGCCCAAGAAGCGAUCCAGAAAGCCAGAGACUAUACGGACAACGACGAGCCGGAUAAAGCCUACGUGCAGUACCUUCGUGCUUCCGAAAUUACCAUCAACAUUAUCCCCCAUCAUGCCGACUAUCGAGUCACGGUCAAUCAGCGCCCAGGAUGGUACAAGAGCUUUGCGGAUCUUAUGAUGGCAGUACGGACAAAGCAAGGGACUAUGGAUGAAUUCAAGCAGCAGAUCCUGGAAGAUAACCUGAUCAGCAAGGUGCCGCCUAUGGCUGUAUCCACUUCCAAUUCCCCGGCGUCGCAGAUAAUACCCGCUGGGAUGUUUCGAAGUCCCAGCCCAAGGGGUCGCCAAAAUGAACAGGAUGAUAGUUCAUUAAGAAUGCCGAGUCCAUCGCAAUUCCAACGAAUUUCCGAUCUACAGAAAAAAGCAAACAGCAGACACUCAAGCCCCGCAGACGAUAUAUUGGCUCAGAGAUUUGCGAGACUCAAGGCAUCAUCAUCUGGGAGCGAAAGGUAUAGUCCAGUGAGCAACGGACAAAACGGGUUUGAUUCAAGUCCUUCGCCGCCGCCAGGGUAUUUCGAUGGUCGCCCGCCUCGACCAUCGUCAUAUGCCGCUCAGACACCGCUAUACAAUCCCUCUACUAACGUGCCUCCACGGCGCCCCCUUGGGCCUCGUACCAUGGGAUCUUCUCAUGGCAUGCCAGCUCUGCCUCCCAAAGUUCCCCUCAAUACAUCACUACCUCGCGCUCCAGACCCAGCCUAUAGUCCAGUAUGGACCGUUCCGUCUCAACCUCCUUCAAACCCUCCGAGAACGUCAACUGAGAGCUCUCGUCCACCAGCAAACCCUAGAUAUUCACAACUCGCAAACUCUCAUGGUAGCCCGAAUCGUGGUAGCUAUGAUGAGAGUCCGUAUAGAUCGCAAACACCCAACGGUACUCAUCAAUUGAGAGAAACGGUCAGGAACAACACUUCAGAUAUACCACUUCGGCCAGCCAUUAGUGCUCAAGAUUUACUCGACUACAUUCGGCGGUAUAACAUCUUGUUGAUCGACGUACGCCCGCGAGAUCAAUAUGACGGCGGGCAUAUAUUUGCCAAGUCAAUUAUUUGUAUUGAGCCGGUAGCUUUGAAAUCGAACGUCUCCGCGGAAGAACUUGAGGAGCGUUUGGUGGUAUCGCCUGAACGCGAACAGUCACUUUUCGAGAGAAGGAAUGAAUUCGACAUGGUGGUUUAUUACGAUCAAAGCACUGAUUCUGUCAGCUACCUUGCAGGGUCACCGGUUGGGACAUCAGCACCUCAUCUUAGGGCUCUCUACGAUACUCUCUAUGAGUUCAACGCUUAUAAACCGCUGAAGGAUGGACGGCCUCCGGCUCUUCUGAUGGGGGGUCUUGACGCAUGGAUCGACCUUCUUGGACAGCAGUCACUCGCUACAUCAUCCACUUCUACCGCAAUAGGAUCGAUCGAAGUAAGGAAACCUGUCAGGAAACCAGGGCGACCCCUGGGGAGGGUGCCGACGAUGGCGAGUGCCAACUCCAGUUUGGAAGUACGGAAGAGAAGACUUCGCGAAUACAAGCCUCUCAACCCAGAGGAGCUCACAGCAUGGAUGGAAAAGUCGAAGAACGAGGAGAUUGACACUAGCACUUAUGCCGAAGAGGAGACAGUUAGCGAAGAGCCGGAAGACCAGCUUGGUGAAGAACCUCCUCCUACGCCGUUUGUGCAUAGUUAUGAGGAUUUCCUGCGUCGAUUCCCCGAGCCCCAGGCUAUCCAGCAAUCAAUGACGGUGCCACUUGCCCGGCCACCACCGCCGCCAGUACAGCCGGCUGCGCCAAAUUAUGCGGCGCCUAUCCCUGUCGCUCCAUCACGGCCUCCGCCUGCAGUUCCACGGCCGAGUUACAGUGGUGUUUCCGAGGGUCGACGGAUCCAACCUCAUAUGGAGCGACAGAAUUCUGCGAGCAAGACUGCACUCUACACGUCGAAUUCGAUAUUGAGUCGCCUCAAGCUGCCUCGAACCGGGCUGACCAACUUUGGCGUGACUUGCUACAUGAACUCGACGAUUCAAUGUCUGAAUGCUACCAUUAUGUUGAGCAAAUUCUUCAUCGACAACCGAUUCCGUUACUACGUUCAGAAGAACUGGAAAGGCUCCCAGGGGGUGAUGCCUGGACUUUAUGCGAAUCUGGUCCGGUCUUUAUGGAAGAACGAUGUAGAGGUGAUCAUGCCCACAUCCUUCCGGAAUUUCUGCGGGCGGUUGAAUCAGGAAUGGGCGAUUGAUCGACAGCAGGAUGCGAAGGAAUUUUUUGAUUUUGUAGUCGAUUGUCUGCACGAGGACUUGAAUAUCAACUGGCAGAGGAAUCCGCUGCGACCGUUGACGUUUGAAGAGGAGAUGCAGCGGGAGAGGAUGCCUGUUCCCAAAGUGUCCAAGAUUGAAUGGGAUCGAUACUGCCACCGCGAGGAGUCGUUUAUUUCGUCCCUUUUUGCGGGUCAACAUGCGAGCCGGCUUCGCUGCACGACCUGCAAGCGGACAUCGACGACGUACGAAGCAUUCUACAGCAUCAGUGUGGAGAUCCCACCGUCAGGAACCGGGGAUAUUUACCAGUGCCUUCGGAGCUACUGCCAGGAAGAGAUGCUGAGCGGGGAUGAGGUGUGGAAAUGCCCGUACUGCAAAUGCGAACGGGUGGCGACGAAGCAAAUCAUCAUCACCCGGGCGCCACAGAUCCUAGUGGUACAUUUCAAACGGUUCUCGGCUUCAAAGACGCAAAGCGCCCGGAAAAUCCACACGCCCAUCGAAUUCCCGCUCCACGGGCUCCGGAUGGACGACUUUGUCAUCUCGUACCCGAAUCCCGGGCAGAGCAGCGACUCGGGAGGACCACCGACGGACCCGACCGCGGCAACGGUGCCACCCUUUACGUACGAUGCAUAUGGGGUCCUGCGACAUCUGGGGUCAUCGAUGGGAAGCGGGCAUUACAUCUCGCUGGUGCGGGACGCGCAGCGGCAGUGCUGGCGGAGAUUCGACGACGAGCGAGCGACCGACUUUAACCCACGAGAUCUACGACAUAAGGAUCGGUUGCAGAACGAACAGGCAUACAUUGUAUUUUACGAACGAGUGCCGGCGAAAUGA